CUUCUUCGUUCACCACCCAAACCCUGAUUAUAGGUUUCAAGGGUUUUGCCCGACAACUCAUUUCCGCUGUAUUCCGCUCACAGCCACCACUCCCGCUGUACUAGGCUCACAGCCACCACUCCCGCCUUUUUCAUCACAACUUCUAUCCCUAAUGCCAACUUGUGUAUAAUAAAAGAAUAUAAAGAGGGGCAGCAGCGGUAGGUUCCUAAUGGUCCUUUCUCCCUCUUCCCCUCUCCUCCUGCAUCACCACCGCCCCAUCUCCUCCCUCCUCCGCCUCACACGCCAUCGCAUGCGGCUAUCCUUCUUCCGCCGACAUCACUUUCCGCCACCCCGUCCUUUGCUACCCAUCACUGAAAACAAAAAAUACACGUCCUUGUUUCUUCCCAGGCUUUCACCACGCCAUUUCCACUACCAAACCGCCGCCUCAAAUUUCGCCAGUUCCUCCUUUUUGGCCCCUCCCAAUCAUUCAUGGCCCGAAUUCUCCGCUCUUCUUAACAACAUCUCGGCCGCUGGCUACUUCAAUUCCCAUCAUACCUCCGAUGAGCUUGCGGCGGAUGCUUCCCAGUUCCCAUAUGAGUUUCUAGUUGUGCUGAAUGCCUGCUUGGCUUUCGCGCGUGAUAAAACGGACCUUCUAAGAUUGCUUUCGAGGAAGGAGAUUGAGGUGGUGGUGCAAAACGGGAAGCCUUUCUUGUUCAAGGAUGGGGAGGAGUCCGCAAGAAGGUUGUUGGUUUUCCUAAAUAGCGGUGAAAGCAAUGUUGCAGAUGUUGAUAAAGCAAACACUGUUGAUUUAAUGAGGUUUUUAUUGAGUUAUGCAAGCAAUGUUACCUCUUCGUUGGAUAGAACCAGUCUCUACAACACAGAGCUUGUUGAAUCUUCUGUCCGUCAUUUGCUGGGCGAGUUGGCAAAACUGAGUGACAGUCUGCCAGUUUCAAACUACUCCGAACAUGAGAAAAAUGGACAAAUGGCAAGGUCUUUUGGACCAAAUAUUGAAAUGAAAAGAGGUGACUGGAUUUGCCCUAGAUGUAAUUUUAUGAACUUUGCAAGAAACGUGAAAUGCCUCGAGUGCGAGGAAGCACGGCCCAAGCGGCAAUUGACUGGUGGAGAGUGGGAGUGUCCCCAAUGUGAUUUCUUUAAUUAUGGGAGGAAUACAGUAUGCUUGAGGUGUGAUUGCAAACGUCCAGGACAGAUCUCACUUGGUAAUACGUACUCGAGACCAGCUUUAGCAUCCAUCAAUGAGACUUCAAAUAAGGUUGAUCUUGAUAGGCGCUUAGCUGCCAAUGAAGAGAAGGCGCAACGAUGGUUUAGUAAGGUUUCUCAGCUUGACGGGACAGAUAUGAGCUCUGCCAUAGCAGAUGAAGAUUUCCCAGAAAUCAUGCCUUUGAGGAGAGGUGUUAAUAGAUUCGUUGUGAGUACAAGGAAAUCUCCUCUGGAGAGGAGGUUGGCUGAUGCUCAGUACCGUAGGAACAUGGAUAAUGAUGCUAGCAUCAAUACUGGAGCGGAAAAUGCUCCUGUGUCUACUACAAUGCAGGAUGGUCAUCCUAGAGGAACCAAGUCUAAUUACGUUCCUUUUGUACCAUUACCAGCAGAUAUGUUUGCGAAGAAACCUGAAAAUUUGGAGAUACAGGAUAGUCGAAAAGAUGUAUCGAAUGAACACAACACUGAUGUUUCAAACACAGUUGGACAAGUGGAUGCUGUUUCUGGGAGUGAGGAUUUGCAGAAGUGUCUACGAAUUCAGCAACAUUCUGAGAAAGAAAGCAUCGAUAAAGAGGUAGAACAAGCUGAAAAAUCUGAGGGAUGGUUGAAGAAGGUUGCAGAGCUCCAUAAUGUUACCGAUCUUGACACUGCAAUUCCUGAUGAGGACUUCCCCAAAAUCAUGCCCAUGCGCAAAGGAGAGAACAAAUUUGUUUUCAGCAGAAAGAAAGACCGUUCUCCGACUUCUCCAACUUACAAGAGGCGUGUGGAAACCGAGCAAGCUAGCAAUACCAAUUAUGUUCCCUUUGUCCCCUUCCCACCUGACUACUUUGCUAAGAAGGAUAAACCGCAGACAAAUGGAACAGAUUCUAGUGCAAAAGCAACUGAUGAAACUUCAACCUCUGUGACACCAGGGCAGCCUUCAGAUAAAUUAUCCGAGAUGUCUGUUACAGAUGAUAUGCAGCCAAUGCAAAAUCAACAGAUGCAAAGCUGGAUCUUGAAACCUUCUGGAGGAAACUCAAGUGAGAUGAGGAGAGACGCAACUUAUCCGGCACAGACUAGUGGAUAUUCAAACCAAAAUUCUCUCAAUCCCCAAACGAGUAGUAGUGACAGUAGGAAACAGGUGACAGAUUUGCCGGGAAGUUCAACCCCACAGUCUGGGUAUCAGAAUGUUAGGAGUACUUGGAGUGGAAAGAGUUUGGAAGGUUCAGCAGUGAAGGAACCAGAUCCUUUGGACAUGUCGGAGGAUGCCAAAGCAGAGAGGUGGUUUCGCCGUGUUGCUCAGAUAAAGGACAUUUCUGAGCUCAGCCAGAUCCCCGACGAGGAUUUCCCGUCCAUAAUGCCAAUGAGGAAAGGGGUUAAUAGGUUUGUCGUAAGCAAGCGGAAAACACCGCUGGAGAGGAGGUUGGCAUCUCAACAGCAUCGUAGAAAUAUUCCGGAUGUUAAUUCGGGUCUGGAAAAAAAAGAAACUGAUAGUAACUAAGGUAAUAAACGCAACUUUGCAUUUUUAUAUGAUACAUUUUUUUGAAACAUCUCAUCAUGCUGUUUGUAGCAAUUCUAUUCAUUA